AUGCGCCCGUUUUUAGAUGAGGAUAAUAUCCGACAGUCACUUUUAUCUCAACCCGAGGAUGAGCCUCUCAUCGCGAGAUGGAGAAAAUCAGCUGGCGACUUCCUAAGCUCUCGAUGGGGUCAUUACCUCGUCCUUCUUCUGGUAACGAUAGAUGUCUGCUGUAGCUUUGCAGAGUUUCUCGUCCAGCUUCACGUCUGCGAGUUGAAGCAGAACGGUUAUAGGGUGGGCCAUGAAUGGGCCCUCAUUGAGGAGGCUUUAGGUGUCACUGGUCUAGUAAUCUCAUGUUUAUUCAUGGUGGAGUUGAUCGUGGCAGUCCUGAGCUUUGGAACGGGGUACUUUUCAAACUGGUUCCAUAUUUUCGAUUCUACGGUGAUCCUCGUCGCAUUCAUUAUUCAGGUCUCACUUCGGGGAACGGAAGAAGAAGUGGGUUCGCUUGUCAUCGUUUUGCGUCUCUGGCGGGUGUUCCAAAUUAUCGAGGAAUUAAAGUCUGCCAGUGAAGACACUAUGGAGCAAUACGAGGAGGAGAUGGAAAGGCUUCGACAAGAGAAUGCCAGUCUUCGCCAAAGGCUGAAUCAAACUCCGGGAGGAAAUGAAGAUUCAUAA